UAAUCAUACACACACCUAAUAUCACAUUGUCAACUUGUGAUUUACUUACCAAAAGAUGUCAGUGAGGAUGCAGAUACUCUUUAAUCAAAGUUCAACAUGCUGGACAAACUGCUAUCUGGUAGCACAAAUGUCAAUAAUCAACACUAGAACACAUCCUAAUCGUCCCCGGCCAAAGGGUACUUCAACAAGUUUUGCAGGACUCUACAUGCUUUGGUUUAGCGAUAGUACAUCUGUUUCAAACCUUAUCUCUGGCAGAGGAAGUAGGGGAGUUACAAGUUUUUAGGGAGGAGAGAACAAGUUCAUGGAAAUGGAGUACCUGAAGGCAGAAAGGGAACAACUCUUACGAGGUGCUACAAUGGCUCGAAUAAGCUUGACUAGGCUCUGUUUGCAAGAGGAAGAUCAUGAAUUGGAAGAGGUGCGGUGCAAACAUGGAUUUGUUUUGCCUUUGCUGACCUCUUGGACCCCGAGAAAUCCUGGUAGAAGAUAUUGGGGUUGUCCUUACUAUGGGAAUGCUAGAUCAUGCGAUUUUUGGCUUUGGAAAGAUGAUUAUAUUGAUCCAAGAUCCAAAUUUGUGAUUCCCAAGUUGUUGGGAAGAAUUGCGGAGCUUGAACAUAGUGUUGAAUCUUCUCGAAAAGUUGAAACUUCAGAUAAGGAAAUCAACAAGCCUACUAAGUUGACCAAAUCUAUGGAAAGAAAAACAGAUAUGAACAAGAAAGAGUCAAAAAUGGACAAUUUUUAUGAUGAUUUGAAGAAGAUGAAAGCAGUUGAAAAGAAAUGGAAAAACAAAUUGGCCAAGUCCAAGAAAAGGGAGAAACAACUUUGGAUUGCUCUGUUGUGUGUUUGUAUUUUAGGUGUAAGUUUAGUAUUUCAAAGAGUAUUGUUUCUGAAAGGAGAAGGAGAUUCAAGGAAAUUGUCAUGA